AUGGCACAAAACGACGACGAUACCUCCCCACCUCAAACCCCGCUUUGCCGCCCGACACACCCUCCCACCAACACGCAGCAUAAUUCCCGUCUCCAUUUCCACACUCCACCGCUUCCACUCCUCGACAGCUGCAACACCGUCUACCCCUACCGCAACGCAGAAAAGUUUCUCCGCAAAGCGCUCCCGACAGACAUGCUCAGAAAGCGCGGUCGGUCCGACCGCCCGCCUCCCGACCAACAAGAGCCCAACCAGCCGUCCUCCUCGCACGCCUCCUCCUCCACGGCCGUCCCUCUGGACCCUCCCCCCGAGCUCAUCCGCUUCGAAACGGGCAACCCCGAGACGGGGUCCACCACCACGGGCGCCCUGCGUGUCCGCUCGCUCUCCGGCUCCUCGUCCACGCUGCUUGUCGAGUCCGUCCCGGGUCUCAUGACGUCGGCCGACUUCUGCAUGUUUGUCCGCCCCUUCGCCGACGCCACCCUCCACUUCCGCCCACUGCGCCUCUUGACGGAGCGCAACCGCUACGUCGUCGUCAUGCACCUGCGCUCCCUCGACGACGCCGCUAACUUCGCCCGCGUCUUCCAGGGAAAGCUCUUCCUGCGCGGCCUGGUGCAGGAGGCCUGCGCCAUCAGAGAGGUGGCGUCCAUCGAAUUUGACACCGGGGGGAAGUUUCCCAACGGUGCCAUGUUUCCGGAAACCACUGCGGAAACACGCCCGGCGUGCGCCGUGUGUUUGGAUAAGCUGGAUGAGCGCGGCGCGGCCCUCGUCACGACGUUUUGUAAUCACACCAUGCACGCCGCCUGCCUGGCCAAGUGGGAUUUGAACAGCUGCCCGGUCUGUCGCCACACGCACGAGCUCACGCCCGAGGCGUCAACGUGCAUGAACUGCAACCAUAGGGAGGAUUUGUGGAUGUGCGUCGUGUGCGCGUACGUGGGGUGCGGCGUGUAUAAGAAAAAGCACGCGCACCAGCACUUUGCGGAGACACAACAUCCGUUUGCAAUGAAUUUAGAGGACACGACGUUUUGGAGCGGGGAGAAGUUGCGCGCAGGCUCGGUGUGGGAUUAUGUUUCCGACCGAUUUGUCAAUCGCCUGCUGACGAGUGAUGACGGUAAGAUUGUCGAGGUGACGUACGAUGAGCGACCGGACGCGGCGGCGUCUGCGUCCGGGAGCGCGCAGCAACAGAGUUGUUGCGGGACAGGCCGGGGGGAGGACGAUGUGGAGAAUGACCGCGGGCUGCAAGCGGCGGUAUAUGCGAGUCGGAUGGAUGCGGUGGUGGACGAUUACCGCAGAAGGCUGGAGAGGAUGGAGGCGGAGCACGCGGCAGAGCGGGAGCAGCUUCGCGGGGAGAUCGCGGGGCUGAAGGCGGAAGUUGGGGAGGCAGGGAAGGAGCGGAAGCAGAUGAACAAGAAAGUGGGCGAUGCGGAGAAGGAGGCGGGCGUGUUGAGAGACAAGAAUGGGUUUCUCAAAAACUUGACAGAGACGUUAUUGAGGGAUAAGACGGCUUGGAAUGACGCGGUGGAGAAGCUCAAGAUGCAGCUGGAGGAGUCGGAGGCGGCGCGCACGGGGCUUGAGGAGCAGCUUCGCGACUUGAUGAUGCAUCUCGAGGCACAGGCGAAGAUUGCGGGCGCUUCGGACUCUUGCAGGUCCAACGCGUCCGAAUUGAUCGGGGGCGAUGUGUUGCGUGUUGGGCCGUCGCCGAGAGAACGGCUUGCUAUGAAGACACAUCGGAGAGUUUCGGGAGAGUAGGCUCCGGACGUCGGAACGGGACGUGGGGUAAAACACAAAAAGGCUUGAGGUAUAAGUUUAUUGCACAAGUAGAAUAUUUAUACAAUCACCAAGACAACACAAUAAACCCGUCUCCUCUC